GGUGGGAGCAGCUGUGUCCCCCGGGUCCCUGGGGCGGGGCUGGCAGAGACUGUGGCGUGAGGCGGUUGAGCCCUGGAUUCCGACCAAGCAGGGCAGCUGGCAGAGGGCCCCCAGGAGAGCCCCCCCAGAGUACCGGCCCUGGGCCCUGGGGGAGGGGGCGGUGCUGGAGCAGGGACAGAAGGCCCAGGCAGAGGACGGGCCCCGCGGGACGGGGCGCACCCGGACGGCCUCUGCCAGCAAGGGGAAGCGGGGCACUUUCAACCCUUCCAAGGAGGAGCCCACACCAGCGCGUCUGCCCAAGGUGCCCUUGGCCCUGGGGGCACAUGAGGCCCAGGCCAGGCCAGGGGGCCCGUGAGGCCCCCAGGGGUCAGCGCGGUGUCCCCAGGCAGCCCUGGCCUCUCAUCCUGCUGGGCCUGGCAGUGGGAGCCCAUGGCCUGCUGCCCCCAACGGCGGUGCCUCAGAGCACAGCCCCCCGCAUGGAAGCCCCGUCAGGAAAGAGCCCGUGGAGCCUGCGGGACAGGUUACCGCUCCGGCCGAGCCCCCGGGGGACAGGUCCCAGGUGCUGGCCUGGCGUCUGGUCUGGCGCUCCGUCAUCAUGGUUCACCUUUGGCAGCGGGACCAAGGUCACCAUCCCAGAUCGGCCCAAGUCCCCACCUUCCGUCACCCUGUUCCUGCCCUCCACGGAGGAGCUCAGCACCAACAUGGCCACCCUGGUGUGUCUCAUCAGCGACUUCUACCCGGGUAGCAUGACCGUGGCCUGGAAGGCAGACGGCACCCCCGUCACCCGGGGCGUGGUGACCAGCCAGGCCUCCAAACAGAGCAACAGCAAGUACGCAGCCAGCAGCUACCUGACCCUGAUGGGCAGCGAGUGGAAACCUAAAAGCAGCUACAGCUGUGAGGUCACGCACGAGGGGAGCACCGUGACGAAGACAGUGAAGCCCUCAGCGUGUUCUUAGGGCCCUGGGCCCCCACCCUCCUGGAGCCCCGGGGCCCCGGGAGCGUCUCCCUUCCCACCAUGGUCCCCUAUGUCCCUUCUUCCCGCACCCAAUCUGCUUGCAACAAAACGUCCUCAUCGUCAUUCAGAAAUCCUGCUCACUGCUCGUUUUUUCCUUGUCUCCUAUUUAAUCAGCAACCUCUCCAGGAUUCUGGAGAUUCAGGAAUCCCAGGCACCAAGGAGAGAAUACCCCAAGGGGAGAGGCUCACAGUGUCGGGGUGGGGGGCAGGUGUCGCCCAGAGACGGGUUGGGACCCAUUCCCCACCAACCUCUCCUCCUCCAGCACAGGGCCGUGCCCAGCCCUGCCAACUGGCUGGAUGCUGGGAGCCGGCAUAUUGCAUAUUGAGUGCAGCACUUUCCACAGCAUCAUCUUUCAGGAUCUGGAAUAGCUCAACUGGAAUUCUAUCACUGCCGGG